UGGCAUUCCAAACAAGUGAUCACACAAUCUAAGCUCCAGUUACUUUCUGUAUUAUAUUGAUUCAAUGGCAUCACAGCAGAGCUACCGGGAGGUGGAUGAGAUCAUCGUGUCUCAAAAAACCACCAUAGUUACCAGCCACAAGGUUGAAAAUGAGCAGCACCACUCUUUGAAAGACAAGGCGAAAGAGGUGGCAGGGAGAGUGUUUCACCACAAUCACCAGACACAUGAAUCUGCUGCAUGCAUUGAUUCAAACGCAACCUGUGAGAAGAAAGAGGGUUUGGUGGGCAGGGUGAAAAGCCAGCUGAAGAGCAUAGGGAAGAAAAAGCGCAAGGAAGGAAACUGCGAGUGUGGCAGUGACAGCAGCAGUGAUGAGAGCGAUUGCGAAUAAGCAGAUAAGGAGGUCUUAUGGAUGUUGCUCCGUGAUUUCAGCACUUCGCUAAAUUCUUAUAAGUAACAAAUAUAAUGUGUGUGUCGGUAUGUGUGGUAUGUUUUGCAGAAUAAAUGGUGAUUUUUCUAUGUGUCUAAUAAGAGCAUGUAAAUGCUAGCUGAAACAGCUACAAGUUUUUAUGUCAUUGUUGAUACCUUGAGCAGU